UAAUCAAAAGCAGGACAGAGAGCGCAGGGCUUCCAGUGCGGGAGAGCCAGCGGCUGCGAGGAGACGGAGGGGAAGGAGCCGCAAACCUAGCGCCGAGGCUCACGGGGAAGCUGGGACGCAAGCCACCACGAUGCCGGCCGGCCCCGGGGCCCGGGUGCGAUCGGGUUGGGAUGGGGCGGGGCAGGGCGAGGAGGCAUGGUGGACCUGCAGCCGGAGACCAGAGACAACUCUUCCCCGAUAUCAGAGUGAUGGCUUCUCCACAUCUACAUGCCACACUACAGAGGUUCUGGGAGCUCUUCAGAAAAGAUGGGCAGCUUGGACUAGACCCGUAUCCUGACAGCAUCUCGACAGGAUACUGCGCAACGUCAGAAACGGCAGGUGGAAGAUAGUGACCAUGCCAGUCGCCAUGGAGACCAGACGCUUGGAGCAGCCUGGAUCCGGAUUGCAGUACAGUUACGAUGACCUGGACAUUUGUGCUUGUCACAGGGCCCCCCCUGCAGCCACAUGCCCCUGGCAGGGGCGUCGGGGGCGGUGUGCCUCUCUACCGGGGCACGGCCUCAGUCCGCACCCUGAGCGAUGCUGGUUCAUGCUUGUGGGGGGGCAGAUCUCAUGUGAGAGGGGAGCCCCUGCUGGUAUGGCUGAAUGGGCCCCCCCUAGAGAAGUGGAUCCUGCUGUUUCCUGCAGGGUCAACCAAGCUGGGACUCUGAAUGGCUUUAUUACAGAGGCGGGGGGCCGACCUCACCGCAGUGCUCAGGAGGAGGAAGGUGUAUCUGAAGGUGACACUGAAACGCCGGGGGACAGGUCAGCGUGCCGGGUGUCACACUCAUUCCAGUGUGACAGGACGGCAGAUCCUGUUUAUGUGCUCCCACCAGCUGGGGGCGCUACAGGCUCAACAGAAACUGCUGACGAUUCUGAUGUUCCCCAGAGCAGUAAGGAUUCGGCAGGGCUGCGCUGGGCUGCUGAUGCCGAAUGCAGUGGAUAUGCCCGGAUGGACGCGAAUGCCGGGGUUGAGCCCGGAAGCACAGAACCCUGUGACAUCACCGGGAUGCUGAGUUCCAAUGGGGAGGAGCUCACAAAGACCUCAGAGUGCUGCCUCCGGAGAACCUCCCACCAGAAGUAUUCUAGCACUUGGGAACUCCUGCAGGACAUGGGCGCCAUCGGGAAGGAUGGAGGCUCCCCCAGUGGGGAACAGUACCGCGAGACCGGGGAUGCAGAUCUCAGGGUGAUCACCAUGGUGAACCCAAGCGAUGCGCUGGAGGACCAGACAGGUCGGAAAUGCUGUAAAGUGACAGAUAGUGACCCACUAACUGUCGAGAUACAUCAGGAAGUGACAGAGGACCCGGGGACACCAAGGGAAUGCGAUGGAGUAGAGACAGGAGCUGAGAUGCUCUGUCUCCAGGGAGCUGAUGGCCCAACGAUGGAAAAGGAGCAAAGUCCCGUGGCAGGAGAGCUCUGGGAGGCCCCCAGUCAAGCACAGAGCCCAAGCGGAGAUGAGAGUAGCUGGUCGGCCAAGCCGCGCUCCUCCAGUGAGACCACACACUCCACAGGAGAUCACAGCAAGCGCUCACUGGGAGAGACCACCUCCAGGCUGGGGGAUCAAGCCAAAGGCGCCCAUGUGGGGGGGGGAGAGGCACUGUGCAAGUACAGAACUGAAAACACAGCCAUGGAGCUGCGGGUGAGAAAGGUGCCCAAAGAGGAGCAGCCUUACAUGGAUUCCAUGGCUCUGCUGAUCCUGAAACUGGACCAGCUGGACCAGGACAUCAGGAAGGUCCUGGAUGACGCCUGCACUGAGCCCGCCGGCCAAGGGAGGGGGCACCCUGUGUCACGAGCCCCAGUGAGGAAGGGCAGAGCAGAGGCCGAGGCCAAGGAGGCGUGUGCCUGGCUGAGGGCAGCAGGCUUCCCACAGUAUGCCCAGGUCUACGAAGAUGGCCAGUUCCCCAUCAACACCUCCUCCGUCACCUGUGAUCACGACUUCCUGGACCGGGACGCCAUCGAAGCCCUGUGCAGGCGCCUCAACACCCUGAACAAGUGCACCGUGUUGAGGCUUGAGAUCCCCUCUCAGAGGAAGCAAAGCGAGGAUUCCGACGAUGAUGAGCCAUGUGCCAUCAGUGGUCGCUGGACAUUCCAGAGAGCCAGCAAGCGCUGGUCUCGGUUGGAGGAGCCGGACGUGUUUGAGCCCAGUGGGGAAAGGUCCCGGGGCAGCGCCGAGAGCCUGCUGACAGACCCAGGCUGGCCCCCCCGCGGUGGGCCACACUCCCCCAUCCCCGCUAGCAGCGGCACCACCCGUGCUGGCUCGCUGGCCAGCGUCUGUUCCUCAGGGACCUCUGCGGCCACAGAGGACUCUCCUUCAGAGGGCCCCCCCUCGCCCUCACCCUCGCCCCCCUCCCCAGGCGACUUCCUCUUUGACGCCCCAUCCAGGAGCAUGACCAAAAGCGCACGCUCCAAAGCGCGUAGCCUGCUGCGGCGCAUGGAAAACCUGGGGCUGCGGGGACCGGCAUCCCGGCGCCGCAAGAAGCCGUCCACAGGGGCCGGCGGGCUGGAGAUUAGCGCGCCGGUGCUGCGGCAAGGCCCGGACGAGGACUGGCUGAGACGGCUGCACUGCGUGGACGUGUCCGUGCUGCGGGAACGCGCCGCCUCGGGCUCGGAGCCUAGUGGGGGCAGCAGUGCCGUCAGCACGCCCAGCCCUGUUAGCCGCAGCCGCAGCCACAGCGCCGCCAAGCGCGCUGGCGUGUACCUGGAGGGGUUCGACUUGUUCAGCUUCCUGGAGCCUCAGGCUGGGGGUGUAGCUGAGCACAACCAACGCAAUUGCAUAGAAAUGGCAUGCGAGGACGAGGAGGAUGAGGAAGACGCUAUGUUCUUCUUCGUCCCCGAUGGGCACAAACCUGGCACCUUCCCAAAGAUGCUCUGCAAUGGGCGCAGAUCCAGUGGCAGUAAUGUUUCGCGGGGCCCCGCCCACAGUCAUGGCUCCCUGGACAGCCGGCUUAGUUUCUAUGACAACGUGCCACUGGCGGAGGAGGAGUCUCUGGCUUACAAGCUGAGCAACGUCCUACGCGGUUUUGGCGAGGCGUGGGUAGGGCGGGGGGGGCGUGCCAGCGAGGAGGGCGACUCGGAUUCCGCCCUGGACUCGGCGUCGCCCUGCCCCUCAUCUCCACUGCAGAGCCACCUGGAGGAGGCGGAGAAUGGCUCUGAUCUGGACAAUGCAUUAAAUGAUCCCGACGCUGGGCUGGGCCAACAGGAGCGCCGGGACUCCGGGGUCGGCCCCUCCCUGCUCAGGACCAACAGGCCCCCCAAGCUGCGCUGGCCCAGCUUCCAGGACUCGCACCGGGCCAGCCUGCCCUCGGCCCCCCGGCAGCUCAGUACCCAGUCUGUGCUGCAGAUGAACCUGCUGCAGAAGUUCUCCCUGCUGAAGCUCACGGCCCUGCUGGAGAAGCACACGCCAGCCAACAAACAUGCCUUCAGCUGGGCUGUGCCCAAGUUCAUGAAGAGGAGCCGCACUCGGGAGCAGCGUGGCCACGGCGUGUUCGGUGUGCCACUGCAGACCAACGUGUGCCGCACGGGACAGCCCCUCCCCUUGGGUAUCCAGCAGGCCAUGCGCUUCCUGCGCAGCCAAUGCCUGGACCAGGUGGGCCUGUUCAGGAAGUCUGGCGUGAAGUCGCGGAUCCAGGCGCUGAGGGAGAUGAACGAGGUGAGCCCCGACGGGGUGAACUACGAGGGCCAGUCUGCCUACGACGUGGCCGACAUGCUGAAGCAGUACUUCCGGGACCUUCCGGAGCCCCUGCUCACUAGCAAGCUGUCUGAGACCUUCCUGCAGAUUUACCAGUGCGUCCCCAGAGAGCAGCAGCUGCAGGCCGCCAGAGCCGCCACUCUACUUUUGCCCGACGAGAACCGGCAGGCGCUGGAGGCGCUGCUCUGCUUCCUCAGCGAUGUGGCCGCCGCCGCCCCCCAGAACCAGAUGACGUGCACCAACCUGGCCGUGUGCCUGGCGCCAUCGCUCUUCCACCUCAGCGCCUCGCGGCGGGACAGCUCCUCCCCUAGGGUGAUGCACCGCAAACAGAACCUGGGCAAGCCGGACCAGAGGGACCUGAAGGAGAACCAGGCAGCCACGCGGGGCCUGGCCCACAUGAUCUCCGAGUGCCGGAGGCUCUUCCAGAUCCCAGAGGAGAAAGGCUUCUGGUGGGACUCAUACAAAGAGCAGGGUCUGCCCCCUGCUGGUCUGGAUGACCUGGAAGAAAGCGCAGAGGGGCUGUACCUACGCGACGCCCUGGACAACCUCCUCAGAGAAGCCAAGGACAAGUUCCGUGGCUAUGAUAGCUGUUUCACCCCCGAACAGCAGGUGGCACUGGCUUACAAGAAGGUUCAGGACGACUUCCCCCUGCGUCUCUGGAAGGCGAGUACAGAGGUGCUGGCGACGCCCGAGGAGGUGCUGACCCGCCUCCUGCGGGAGCGCCAUCUCUGGGACGAGGACCUGCUGGAGAGUCGGGUGCUGGAGGUGUUGGACUCGCGGACCGAGCUCUACCAGUAUGUGCAGGAUAGCAUGGCGCCGCGGCCCCCCCGUGACCACGUGGUGCUCAGGACGUGGGUGACGGACCUCCCCAGGGGUGCCUGCGCUCUGGCGUGCGCCUCCGUAGACCACCCAGGGGUGGCACUGCGGGGAGUGCGGGCCAAUGUGCUGGUGUCUCGCUACUUCAUGGAGCCCUGUGGGUCUGGCCAAACCCGGCUCACCUACCUGAGCAGGAUGGACUGCAGAGGGCACUUCCCUGAGUGGUACAACAAGGUGUUUGGACACCGCUGUGCCUCGAAAGUGGCGCAUAUCCGGGAUUCCUUCACCGGGGCCCUGAACAAAUAGACACAGAAGGGGCCCUGGCUGACCUGGACCUCAGCCUGCUUUCUGGUGGGUGGAGGGGGAGGGGCAUAGUGGUUCUGCAGGCUCCUCCCCCACUGGGGAGGGGGGACUACAGGCUCCUCCCCUGCAGGGGCUUAUGCUGCUUCUGAGAAACGAGUGCAAGAGUGGAAGCUAGGAUGUCUGUAUUCCCAUGGUGCUGAGGGAGGAGGGGGAGAGGAUGAGAGUCUGAGGAGGUGGAGAAGCAGGAGGACAGGCUGCGGGAGGAGGAGGACAGUUAGGAUUGUCCGAGAGAGGGGAGAACAGUUAAGUGGAGGCUUGUGGAGACAGACCUGCAGGGACCGCAAUACGUGGGUGAGACUUUUAAAGCAGGUCCCAGAGCUGUGACGGCCUGGGCCGCUGGACGAGAGCCGUGCGUGUUACUGCCGACUAAAGGGUGCUUAGGGGGCCUCUGCGGAGGCUAAUGUAAAAAGAAGAUAAAAGUAUUUAAAGGUGAGGAAGGGCUCCUUUUAUAAAGGAGGGAUUUCUACAGGUUUUACUGUAAACGUGGAUGUGUGCGGUGUUCCGGAUUGUUCUGCGGCCUGAGUCACUUAACAUGAAGUAGACCUCCCCCUGGGUGAGAUGCUGCUCGCUUGAACACAACUAAUCUGUGUGGUCUAACGUUUGUACUGAACCAGAAUCACCACGCAUGACAUUAAUUAAUUUAAAAUAUAUUUACAUAUAUUUAUACCUCAUUUUUGUACUUUUUCCAUUGCAAAUGUUAUUCUAGAGAUGAAAUUUAUCUUUUUUCCAUGACCAAUUUUCAAUAUGAAAUGCACUAUUAAAUCGAAUAAACCUUAGCGUGUA